AUGGGCCUUAAAAGGUUUACGCGUGACCCUUUUGGUCUUAGUGAAAUUGGUUUAUUUCCACAGGUCUUCAUACUCACUAUAGUCAUUCUUAUCGAAAAUGUAUCUGAUCACAGCUACACAAGCCAAGCAAUGUUGGUUUGUGGCACAUUAUCAGGUUAUAUGAUUAUUUGCAGCGCAUUACUAAUUGGUAAAUUAAUGAAAUCAAUUAAUUUCACUAAAUUUCAUUAUAAUUCUAUUUAUCUGUUAGGCCACCUGCUAGGCACUCCAACGCCUGUAGAUAAACGUAUUGAUUUGCUUUUCAGCAUUGGUGCCUGCAUUAUGUUUGUAUCUUCUGGCGCAGUUAUUGUAGACCAAUGGAGUACGGCGUACACUUCUAGAAAAGACAAAAAUACAAUUAUAGCUGCUGGAGCGAUGGCCAUAAUUACUGGGGCCAUUUUUAUAGCCGAUACACUUGUUAUAUUUCGCAGUUAG